GAGGUGUACUAUCUCGCCUCGGCCGUGAUGACACGGACCAGCCUGUUCCAGAAGUUUCCUCUUCCCUCUUUUAAGGCUGGCGCUGGCUCGCGCGCAUCUCUCGCCCUGCGUUUUUCCAAGUCUCGUAGCUGAGCCGUGGCGACAGUCUGUCCUGGUCUGUGUUCAGCUCGACAUUGGUCUCAGUCUGACAUCCGCUCGGGAGAGUAAAGGCGAGCUAACCUUGACCGUUAGCUGCCGACUGGUGUCCGCAGCUGCUGGUGUUUACCUGCCAGGACGGUUCGAGCUCGCACGGAGCAGUUAUGCGUUUGUGAAGGGGGCGCAGGAACCGAGCUGCUGUGAUGGGUAAGGAUUACUACAAGGUGCUGGGGAUCGCGAAAGGUGCCACCGAGGAUGAGAUCAAGAAGGCGUACAGAAAGCAGGCCCUGCGCUACCACCCCGACAAGAACAAGUCUCCAGGAGCUGAAGACAAAUUCAAGGAGGUCGCCGAGGCUUACGACGUUCUCAGUGACGCAAAAAAGAAGGAUAUAUAUGACCGCUUUGGAGAGGAAGGACUGAAAGGCUCAGCUGGUGGUGGAGGUGGCGGACACAGCGGUCCAAGUUACAACUACACCUUCCAAGGCGACCCCCACGCCAUCUUCGCCGAGUUCUUCGGAGGCCGCAGCCCCUUCGACCACUUCUUCUCCUCCCAAAACGGGGAUGACAACAUGGACAUGAGCGACCCCUUCGGAGCGUUCGGCAUGGGCGCCAUGGGGGGAAUGGGCGGGUUUCCCCGGACUUUCAAAGCUCACCCAGAUCCUCACCACCGGUCGCACAGUAAACAAAAGGACCCCCCUGUUGUGCACGAGCUGAAGGUGAGCCUGGAGGAGGUGUUCUCCGGCUGCACCAAGAAGAUGAAGAUCUCCAGGAAGAGACUGAACCCAGACGGGUGCACGAUGCGCAGCGAGGACAAGAUUCUGUCGGUGGACAUCAAGCGGGGCUGGAAAGAGGGGACCAAAAUCACCUUCCCCAGGGAAGGGGACGAAACUCCAACUAACAUUCCUGCAGACGUGGUGUUCGUGGUCAAAGACAAACCUCACCCAGUGUUCCGAAGAGAAGGCUCCGACAUCAUCUACCCUGCUAAGAUUUCACUCAGAGAUGCUCUGUGUGGCUGCACGGUCAACGCCCCCACGCUGGACGGCCGCACCAUCACCGUCACCUCCAAAGACGUGGUCAAACCCGGAACUAAAAAGCGCAUCGCCGGCGAAGGGCUGCCUCUGUCCAAGUUCCCCGAAAAGAGAGGGGACAUGAUCCUGGACUUCUCCGUCAAGUUCCCGGACAAACUGGGCCAGAACACUCGCGACGCCCUCAGACAGAUUCUCCCUCCCUGACUGCAGUUUUACCACGUCUUUUCUAGUCUAGUCUCUACUGUGGUGACCAGCAACCAAAGUGAGAUUCAGUUGUUAAGCUAUCACAACGGGGGCAGCCUGCUAUCUCGACACGUCUGGAACUUUCUACUUUUUCUACCUGGGUUUUCUUUCCUACUCAGUAUUGAACUCCAACCGCUAAAGCCUCAGGUCCUCGGUUGUAGCUUCUCUGUCUCUGACUUGACUAAUAACAUAUGCAGCGAUACUUGAAAGUGUUUCUUCAGUAUCUAUACAGUGUUGGGAAUAUUCAUUUGACUGCUGGGAUGAGACAUGAAAUGCUUCCACUUAGACAAAAUCCUUCAUGCAAGUGUGGCACAGCACCGACUGGAAACUCCUUGUAAAAUAUCUGUGGAAAGACUUGUGCCAAAAGUGAAGUCAAAUAUGUGUGUACGUCUGUCGAGAGCAUGUGUGUAUGUCAUGUGACUGCAGAAGUAUUUAUUUAGCCAGUAGUAAGUUUAAUAUUAUUUGAUCCUGACACUCGACACCCUGCUUGCUCUUAAGUUGUCACAUCAGUUCAGUGUUUACAGAUGAAGGAAAGUCACUCACCUGGUCAGCCUGUGUGUUUUCACUGUGAAACUGAGCGACUUGUUUCACCAGUGGCUGCUCUAGUUCAGCGGGCAGUCGUCGAUCUGCAUCUUAAUUUGACUCCUGUGGGAGUACGUUUUAAUCUAACACCAACAUGUGGUUGAACAUGAGCGUAGAGAUGUGUAAUCUCUGUAAAACCUGUUUGUCUUGCUUUCAAAGGAACUUUUUAAAGUCAUGGUUCUGUUUUUAACAACAAAUAUUUUGUGACUUUUCUGUGUGUUUUUUUUUUAAAGUAGAGAUUUGCAAUGCUGUGAUGACACGUAUUUACACAUUAAAGAAGCUGGUAUAUAAUGUUUUGAACGAUCUCUUU